AAGAUAACUUCACUGGAGAAGAAAAAUACAGUGAGGAUGAGGAUAGCAAUGAUGCUGCUGAAAAGGAUCAAGAAAAAGAUGAAGGGGAUGAUGAUGUGGUUGAUGAUGAUCAAGAUAAAGUAGAGUUCUUAUUAGGUGAUGAUGGUCCAACUACUGCAACAGAGGAGGGGGAAGUUCACAAUGGUCUGUUCACGAAAGAUGAAGAUGAAAAGAAUAUGCCUCCUGCGCGACAUUUCAGCCAUGGAUGUUACUUAAUCCAAGGAAUGAUGGCCCAUGGAAUGGAAGACUACGUUUUUGCUAAACACAAGAAGCUCAAUGGUUAUGAGUUGGGACUGUAUGCAAUAUUUGACGGUCACGCAGGUCGUGAUGUUGCAAAAUACUUGCAAAGCCAUCUGUUCGAAAAUAUACUAAAUGAGCCUGAUUUCUGGAAAAAUCCAGUCCAUGCUGUUAAGAAAGCAUGUAAAGCUACAGAUGAAGAGAUUUUAGAAAACAUAGCAGAUUCACGAGGAGGAUCAACAGCUGUUGCAGCAAUACUAAUUAAUGGAGUAAAGCUACUGGUUUUCAACGUUGGUGAUUCUCGAGCAAUAUCAUGUAAAAAUGGUGUUGCUAAACAACUUACUGAGGAUCAUGAACCAGAGAAGGAGAGAGAUCUCGUUGAGAGCAGAGGAGGCUUUGUGUUGAAUAGACCUGGGAGUGUCCCAAGAGUGGAUGGCAUAUUAGCAAUGACGCGAGCAUUUGGAGAUGGAAAUUUGAAGGACCACAUUACUGCAGAACCAGAUGUGAUGAUUAGGAAGAUUGAUGAGGACACUGAAUUUAUCAUUUUGGCAAGUGAUGGUCUGUGGAAGGUGAUGGCAAAUCAAGAGGCUUGUGACUGUAUCAAGGAUAUUGAGGAUGCCAAAAAUGCAGCUAAGAAGUUAGUUAAAGAAGCCAAAUCUCAGGGAAGCUAUGAUGAUAUUUCGUGCAUAGUAGUUAAAUUCUAGCUUAUGUGCAUUUUUUUGGGGAUGUUUGUCUUUGUCUAGUGUGUAUUGUUUUAAAUUUCUUCAACUCAAGGGAAUGUGUCUUUAUAAUCUGGUUGAGGGUUAUAUACGACUCUGUCCAA